CGAAUGCGACGGCUCCGCGAGCAGGCGCCGGAACGAUCCGCGGAAGCGGGUGGAGGCAGGGACGGCUGCUGAUACCUGUCCUCGUUCAGUGGGGAGAGUAGGGUAUCCGGUCCGGCCUGGUGCUCCCGUUCUCAUCAAUCGCGUGCCUCACGGGGGACGACCCCCAACUAGUUCCCUGCGUCUACUUUCGGGGCCGACCUGGCAGGUGUUCUAUCAGAUGUUCCACCAUAAUAAUGCUGGGUAACUCAAAUCUGUUUCUGGAACCAUGAAAAUUCUGCUGGUUUUUGACUUUGACAAUACAAUCAUAGAUGACAAUAGUGACACCUGGAUUGUACAGUGUGCUCCAGAGAAAAAGCUUCCUAUCGAACUACAAGAUUCUUAUAAAAAAGGAUUUUGGACAGAAUUUAUGGGCAGAGUCUUCAAGUAUUUGGGAGAUGAAGGUGUAAGAGAGGACGAAAUGAAAAGAGCAAUGACAUCAAUGCCUUUCACCCCAGGGAUGGUGGAGCUUUUAAACUUUAUAAGAAAGAACAAGGAUAAAUUUGAUUGCAUCAUUAUUUCAGAUUCAAAUUCAGUCUUCAUAGAUUGGGUUUUAGAAGCUACCAGUUUUCAUGAUGUGUUUGAUAAAGUGUUUACAAAUCCAGCAGCUUUUGAUGGCAGUGGUCAUCUCACUGUGGAAAAUUAUCAUGCUCAUUCUUGCCAUAGGUGUCCCAAAAAUCUUUGCAAAAAUGUAGUUUUGGUAGAAUUUGUAAAUAAACAGUUACAACAGGGAGUGAAUUAUACACGGAUUGUUUAUAUAGGUGAUGGUGGAAAUGAUCUUUGUCCAGUAACCUUUUUAAAGAAGAAUGAUGUUGCCAUGCCACGGCAAGGAUAUACUUUACAGAAAACUCUUUCCAGAAUGUCUCAAAAUCUUGAGCCUAUGGAAUCUUGUGUUGUAAUUUGGUCUUCAGGUAUUGAAAUAGUUUCUCAUUUGCAAUUUCUAAUAAAGGAGUAAUAUGCCAACGA